AUGAUUGAAGAUAAACGAUCAGUAUUCGAAGUUGUACUAUCAAGUCAUUCAUCAGCAGAUAAAUCAUCUCCUCCACCAAGAUCACUAUAUCUUCCUCCUCCACCAGUGUCACUUUAUCUUCCUCCUCCACCACAAUCAAUCUAUAUAUCUUCUUUAUCACAAUCAAUGCAUUUACCAGCUCCACCACAUUCAAUAUAUUUACCUCCUCCACCGCAAUCAUUCUAUUUACCUCCUCCAUCAGAAACAUUAUGA